AUGCAGCUACCUGAUUCAAAUGUUGACCCUGAGCUUCCUAAUGCACAAUACACCCAACACUACCUUCGUUCAAUAAUUAUCCACUCAAUAGAUACAUUUAAUUAUCAAAAUGCAGAAUUUGCCAGUGAGCGACUAUUAGCCAGAGAUCCACUAAAUUUAGAUUCAAUCUACUUAUAUUGUCUUACAUUAUACCAUCAAUCUAAAUUUAAAUCGUGUUAUCGGAAACUAGUCGAAGUGAACGCCUUGUUGAAUUUGAAUCAUUUAGGAUGUAGUUUUUUAUUUGGCAAGUGUUGUUUACAAUUGAAUAAACCGAAGGAUGGGAUAUUUCAACUUUUAAAAAUAAGAAACUUGUAUGAACGGGAUGAUAAUAGGAUGAAUUUGGAAACGAGGUUUGAUUAUGAGAAUGAUGGAAGAAGUAUUAUACCUGAUGCAUCACUGGUUUAUCAUUUGUUGGGUGAUUUGUAUCAAAGUGUCAAUGAUAUCAAGAAUAGCUGUUUGAAUUAUACUCAUUGUUUGAGAUUAAAUCAAUUUGAUUUCGAAGCGUUUCAAAAAUUGUGUAAGAUGGGAGUGGACAUGAAGGUAAAGAGUUUGUACAGGGUGCAAAAAGAUGGCCAUGGUGGCAAUAGUGUCGAGCAGCAGCAGCAGCAAGGGAGAGAUGAUGAACUACAACAUCAGUUGCAACCAUUUAAAACGCCACAGACGCUCGGGGCUCAUGAUACACCCGAUUUAACCAACCCUUUCACUGAUAAGAUGAAUGCAGUAGGUGCUACUGGCACUAGCACAACCACCAGCACAAACAAUACCAAUAAUCCGUUGAAAACUCCCGUUAUCCAUGUUGAUGAGUUUAAUUUCUCAACUCCGAGAAUCAAAACGGCGACAAUGCCAGAUGCGCCAUUGAGGAAAUCAAACUUGAAUACGGGUUCACAUGCAAACCAUCACGAUAUUAGCAACACAACAAUUGCGAAUAAUACGUUUGAAUUUGUCAAACCAAGCACUAACGCUGCCGCUACAACACAUUCAGAAGGAGGAGGAGGCGGAGGGAAGAAACGGGGUAGUCGAGUAUACUCCAAAAUUACAUCAAGAUUGAUUUCUCAACCAUCAUCACACACGACAAUUAAUAAUCCUACCGAAACCCCCAAUAAGAAAAACUUAAAACGAAAUAAUUCUAUUACUUCAGAUGAUAACAACACCGGGAGUGGGACGGCAGUGGCAAUGACAACCAGUUCUUCAAUUGCAUUCUUAAAAGAGAUUGAAAAGUGCGAAGCCUAUCUUCUCCACUUAUAUCUAACCUUUGCCAAGAGUUUUAGACAUUUAUCCAAUUACGAUUGUUAUAAAGCAAUCAAGAUUUUGGAAAAUGAUAUUCCCCAACAAGAUCGAGACACCCCGUGGGUCACGAGUAAAUUGGGUCGAUUACAUUAUGAAGUGAUGAAUUAUAAACAAUCAGAAUCAUAUUUCAAAAAAUUGCGUAAGCUCGAUCGAGCUCGAAGUGAAGAUAUGGAAAUUUAUUCAACAUUACUUUGGCACUUGCAUAGAAAAGUUGAACUUACAUUUUUGGCUAAUGAGUUGCAUGACAUAGACCCAACAAGUCCCGUCACUUGGUGUACCAUUGGCAACUUAUUUUCCCUUACCCAUGAACCCGACGAAGCCAUACGUUGCUUUAACAAAGCCAUCAAAUUAAAUGAUAAAUUCACCUAUGCGUACACGUUGAAAGGACAUGAAUUUUUCGCCAAUGAUAAUUAUGAAAUGGCAAUGGAAAGUUUCCGCAUCAGUCUCUUGCUAGAUCCGCGUCAUUUCAAUGCCCUUUACGGAAUCGGAAUGAUUUAUAUGAACUUGGGAGAAUACCAAAAAGCCGAUUACCAUUUCCGUAAAGCAAUUUCAAUAAAUCCCAUAAAUAUCAUAUUGAUCUGCUGUGUUGGAAUGGUUUUGGAAAAAUUAAACAAGAAAUCCAUGGCUUUAAAGCAAUACGAAUUGGCUUGUAAAUUACAACCAUCGAACCCCUUGCCCAUUUUCAAAAAGGCUCAAUUGUUGUUUACUUUACAAAAUUAUCCUUUAGCGUUGAAGAAUUUUGAGAUUUUGAAAAACAUUGCUCCUAAUGAAGCCAGUGUUCAUUUUCUUUUAGGACAAUUGUAUAAUUUGCAACAAGAUAAGUUUUCGGCAAUUAGGGAGUUCACUAUUGCUUUGAAUUUGGACCCAAAGGGAAAUUACUUGAUUAAAGAGGCCAUGGAAUCGUUGAAUGGGUGA